CCUGUUUUUGAUCCCUCGAAGAAGAAGAGCACUUCCGUUUUCCUCUCGGCUCCCGCCCCGCUCCGCCAUCAUGAAGUCCUGAACAAAAACGGACGGGAGUCUAAGCAAAAUGGGGAUAACACGGACUGGAGAUGAAAUCCACCGACAACACUAACGUAAUGACAGCACACAGUGGAGCAGGGAGCGGACUCGUGGAAAUGAAUGCCUCAGUUUCCCAUUGAAAACGUCCCAGGCAGCUCCUGUCGUUAUAUAGUUGUUGCUAACAGCAGGCAGAGCUAGCUCCUGAUUCUGUGAAGAAGACUCUGCUCUCAGCUGCCCGGCCCCUCGGUUAGCUGGCAGCCGUCAGUCAGCUAGCUGUCACUGGACCUGACUGACUCAUGUCAAGUCGUGCAGACGCGCCAGCUGUCUUAUUGACUGGGAGCAUCAGGAUGGAGUGGAGUCUGAGUAAAAGCAUCGACAGGCAGAAUGUGGUUUGUUCGUGUUGAAUAGACACCAGUGUCGAGGAAAGGGGAGUGAGACCAAUAUUUUCCAGCCAGGCCAGUUAGCUAGCUUUCGAGCUAGCUACCGUGGAUCCCAUCAGCCACGAAACGACUCCCUUCCAAAUGACAGACGUUGUGUCUCUCCACGCUCACCAGGCGCUGGCCAUGCCGUCGAGUGUGCGGGCCGGGAGCCUGAAGGACCCGGAGGUGGCUGAGCUCUUCUUCAGGGAGGAUCCUGAGAAGCUCUUCACCGACCUGAGGGAGAUAGGCCAUGGGAGCUUCGGAGCGGUCUACUUUGCCCAUGACAUCCGCACCAAUGAGGUGGUGGCCAUCAAGAAGAUGUCCUACAGUGGCAAACAGUCCAAUGAGAAAUGGCAGGAUAUCAUCAAGGAAGUGAAGUUCCUCCAGAAGCUGCGCCACCCAAACACCGUGGAGUAUCGGGGCUGCUACCUGAGAGAGCACACAGCAUGGCUGGUGAUGGAGUACUGCUUGGGCUCUGCUUCAGACCUCUUAGAAGUUCACAAGAAACCCCUCCAGGAAGUGGAAAUAGCGGCCAUAACCCAUGGUGCACUGCAGGGAUUGGUGUAUCUUCACUCUCACAACAUGAUUCACAGAGAUGUGAAGGCAGGAAACAUCUUGCUAACAGAGCCAGGUCAGGUCAAACUGGGAGACUUUGGCUCUGCCUCCAUCGUUGCUCCAGCAAACUCCUUUGUGGGAACACCUUACUGGAUGGCCCCCGAGGUGAUCUUGGCCAUGGACGAGGGUCAGUAUGAUGGGAAGGUGGAUGUGUGGUCACUUGGCAUUACCUGCAUAGAGCUGGCGGAAAGGAAGCCUCCUCUGUUUAACAUGAAUGCUAUGAGUGCCUUAUAUCACAUCGCCCAGAAUGAGAGCCCUGUGCUGCAGUCCAAUCACUGGUCGGAUUAUUUCCGCAAUUUCGUGGACUCCUGUUUGCAGAAGAUCGCCCAGGACAGACCUACCUCUGAUGUGCUGCUCAAGCACCAUUUCCUAUGCAGAGAGCGUCCCAUGACAGUUGUGAUGGACCUGAUCGCCCGCACAAAGGAUGCUGUCCGCGAGCUGGACAACCUGCAGUACCGGAAAAUGAAGAAAAUCCUCUUCCACGAGGCACACAACGGUCCUGCACCAGAGGGAGGAGAUGAAGAAGAGGACGUGGAGCAGUACAUGCUGCGCACCGGCACAGUCAACAGCAUGGAGAGCUCCCACUCUCUGCCCUCCAUGUCCAUCAGCGCCAGCUCCCAGAGCAGCUCGGUCAACAGCCUGGCAGACGGCUCCGAUGACAGCGGGGAGAUGGCCAUGAUGCAGGAGGGAGAGCACACAGUCACCUCCAACAGCUCUGUCCUGCACAAGCCCCUGAGCCAUGACAACAUCUACGACGACCCCUAUCAGCCUGAGGUCGAGUCACAACGAGAGUCUUCAUCUGCUGGGGGUGGAGGUGGAGGUGGAAGUGGAGGAGUUGGAGGAGGAGGAGGUGGAGGAGGAGGGGGCGGAGGAGGAGGAGGAGGAGGGGGAGGAGGGGGAGGGAGACGUCGCAGAGGCAGAGACCACUUUGCCACCAUCAGGACGGCCUCGCUCGUCACUCGUCAGAUCCAGGAACAUGAGCAGGGCUCGGCUCUUCGGGAACAGAUGUCUGGGUACAAGCGAAUGCGGCGGCAGCACCAGAAGCAGCUGAUGGGCUUGGAGAACAAGUUGAAGGCAGAGAUGGAUGAGCACCAGCUCAGACUGGACAAAGAGCUGGAGAACCAGAGGAACAGCUUUUCCAUGGAGGGAGAAAAACUAGGCAAGAAGCACCAGGUUAUCCUGGAGAAGGAGACAAAGGCAGUCCUGACUGAGGAGAAGAAGUUUCAGCAGCACAUUCUGGGCCAGCAGAAGAAGGAGCUGACCGGUCUGCUGGAGUCGCAGAAACGGCAGUAUCGCCAACGCAAGGAGCAGCUCAAAGAGGAACUGAAUGAGAACCAGUCGACACCAAAGCGGGAGAAACAGGAAUGGUUGGUGCAUCAGAAGGAGUGUCUGCAGCAGCUGCAGGCUGAAGAAGAGGCCGGCCUGCUGCGCCGGCAGAGGCAGUACUAUGAGUUGCAGUGCCGCCAGUACAAGAGGAAGAUGCUGCUGGCUCGCCACAACCUGGAGCAGGAUUUGCUUCGAGAGGAACUGAACAAGAAGCAGACUCUGAAGGACCUGGAGUGUGCCAUGCUCCUGCGUCAUCAUGAGUCCACCCAGGAGCUGGAGUUCCGCCAGCUGGGUCUGGUGCAGCGCACACGGGCCGACCUGAUCCGCACGCAGCACCAGACGGAGCUCACUAACCAGAUGGAGUACAAUAAGAGGCGCGAGCAGGAGCUGCGUCAGAAACACGCCGUGGAGGUCCGCCAGCAGCCCAAGAGCCUCAAAGUGAGUGAGAGCAGCCAGAGCCUGGGUUCUCCCGAGGAGGGGGAGAGCCUGACGACAGAGGGGCAGAGCUGGGGGAGUGAUGGGGGAGAGAUAGAGAUGGAGAUGGAGUUUGAGGAAGAGUUGAAACAGGAGAGGGAGGCAUUAACUGAGGAGAUGUUCGGUCACAGUGAGACAGUGUUGGUCAGAGAUGAAGCAGUGGAUGGUUUGAUUGAACCCAUAGUCGAAAGGAAAGAUGAGGAAGAUGAAGAUGAAAAGCCAAAGAGAGAGGAUGGCAGAGAAGAUGAGAAAUGGGAAAUUAGAGAGGAAGAGGCAGAGGAGAGGGAGGUUGAGGGGGUACAGUGGGAGUAUGUGGAUGACCCGAGUAGAAUGGCACAUCUAGACACAGAUGAAGAAGAGGAAGAGGGAAGGGGGGUGGCAGACGGCUGUCCGUCAGAACUCUUCUUGUCCCUGAACCUGGAGAAGAGACGACUCCGUGAGCGAGACAUCGACGAGCUGUCGGAAUUUUACUUCCCUGACGCUACAGAUCUUGAGCCUGUCCCUGUCCCUGUCCCCCCUCCUCCCCCUCCUUCUCCCCCUGCCCAGACCUCCCUCCCUUCCUUCUUCUCUCAUGCCAUCUGCCUCCUCCUCUCCCUCUCUGCUGCCGCCCAGCCCUCCAACCUCACCCUGCUGCUCCUCUCCAUCUUCCUCCUCUCGCUCCGACGCUCACCUCCACUGCCAUCAGUGGCCUCCCUGCUUCUCUCCGCUGAGCUCGCCUUCUUGGCACUCUUUUUCUCGUACCUCUUCCUCCGCUCCUGCUGCUCCCUGUCUCUCUCCACCUACCUAACGCUCAGCCUCUGGGCGAGCGGCCUCUUCAGUUUAGGCCUCUCUUUCAGUUUGGGGAUUUAUUACGUCCCCAUGAUUCUGAUCUCGGCCUCUUUCCUCAGCUCACCCUCUAUCUUCCUCUCUCUUUACCUGGUGAUUGUGCUAGUCGUCAGGCCGGCCCGCGACUUCCUCCAGCAUGCACCUCGCAAAGUAAACCGCCUAUGUAUGCGCGUGCUUUUCCGUCUGCCCCGCCCCCUUUUUGCUAUGUGCCAGUCAGUCCUUGGUGGUAUGGCUGAACGGAACCUCUAUGAGAUGUUUCCAAAAGCAGGGCGCAACUGGGGGGUGCGCCAAUCAAGAAUUCCUGUUCCCCUGAGGAGCCUACCUAUAGAGUAUCAGGCACGCUGCAAUGAAACUUCCCCCUUCGCCAGGGCUCUUUUAUGGGUAAGACGUUUCAGCAGACGCCCCCUUGGGGUCUUGGCAGAUCUUGCUAACUCCAUUAUGCUGAAACUGGCCGCUCAGCUCGUUACAAAGCUGCCACUAAAUGUCCGUGACAAAUUUGAGACCGUAGGCCUCUUAAAGAAGGAGGCCCCGAGCAGGCUGCCCCGACUGCUGCCCAGGGAAGAGAGAGAGAGUAGGCAGAGGGAGAGGAGGAGGAGAGAGCAGGAGAGGCAGAGAAGAGAGGAGACGGUGAGGAUGUAUCGCGAGGAGGGGAGGUGGGAGUGUGGGUUGAGGAGGACCUCAUCUGGGAGGUUUGUCAGGGGGAAAAUUCGACCAUGGAGAUAGCGAGCAAACUGAAGGCAGUGAGAGAAACGAGUGCUGAUGGUGCGAGUGUGUGUCCGUGCUCUUUGUUCCAUUGUUCCAUCAUUUGUGUGUCUUUUUGGUUCGGGCCCAUAAGUCUAUUAUGUUGAGACCAGUUCCUCAAACUGGUUUCUGGUCUCAUUUCUGAAAGAUGGGACGUAUUUUACCCCGCACAUCACCUGCUAGCUAAAAGUGAUUUUGGCUAUUAUUGCUGAUACUAAAGUGUGCACACACAAGCUGUACUGAUAAGUCAGAGAGCUUUGUGUAUGUAAACAGAAAUACCAAACCCUGUGAAGUUUUAAACGUUCGAUUAUUUUGCUUUUUGUAAAAGUUACUUUUUAUUUCAUUUUAUUAUUUUGCUCUUAAUUUCUAAGACAAAGACUUAAAUGGUUAUUUUUGAGACCGUUUCUGUGCAAUCUUUAUUUCUCCUUUAAUAGUGGUCUUAUUUCACAGGGUGCGCUGGUCUAUCAGUGCUCAGAACAAAUAUCAGACACAGUGUUGCUUAGCUUCAUGGCUAUCAAUGUACUCACCAAAGCCUAACACUGUGAAAACAUCAAUAAUUUCACUAUUAUCACCCUGAACACUAGCCUUCUCAGUCAGUUUAAAAGUGCAAUAAGCAGUGAAGCAGAAACAUCACAUUUGAUUACAAUCUGAAGUGAUAUGUUUAAAGGAAGGAGUUCAAAGGUUAGCAGAAGGUUAGAUUUUCAAGGACUUCAAAUCAAAGCUUUAAGCCAUUUAUUUUAAACUUAAAGCACAUCCUGUCUGUUGUUUUUGGUUAUAAUAUCAUAAUGACAUGAAUAACCAAAAACACUGUACAGGAAUCGCAGCGGUUUCAAUCAUCAUCUUUAAUAUUUUACUUAAAGGUACAGUGCGUAGAAGUGGGAAUAUUCAGCAAUAUCUAGCAGUCAGAUUUUAGAUUUAAACGCACCCUUGCUCACCCUUUCCUCGGUGAAGCUCCACAUCCUAUGGUGGCCUUUGAGGAUGAGAAGUUUUUACAAACAAAAACGUCUGUCAGUAUAAAUUAUUUUGUGCACAACAAUCAUUCUCCCCCUCUUAUUCUUCUUCUUCGUCUUCCAAUCGGCACAUUACGGACAGCCUCUCACUAAAUUCAAAAACUCAUAUGGCCAUGACUAGUUUGUCCUUUCUUAGAAACAUGCCAGUGCAAGAUGGCGACCUCUGUGUUAGGGAACCCACUCCUAUGUAGUUAUAAAAGGCUCAUUCUAAGUUAAUGAAAACCAAACACAUUCUUUGAUCCAGGUGAUCAUCAAUUGAAACAUCCUUAUGAAUACAAUAUUCCAUUCCUACUGAGUCUGCUCUGCUAAAUGCUUCUAAAUCCUACACACUGUACCUUUAUUAAAUACAUUUUUUCAUUGCACUUCAUGCAAUAUUUUGUAUUAUUUACCAUGUAAACAUUUAGAUAGAUGUUCAUUUAUCAAUCAUUUUUAAAAAAACAACAGUUUAGUGCCUAUUUACAACUGUUUGCACAAGUGAUAUUAGUCUGUUCUGAAGAGACAUAUCCUGAAUAUCUAGUAGAAGCAUGGAAAAGCUCUAGAGUGAUAGAAGUAUAAUAUGAUGAUAUAUCAAAUAUUUCAAUGUAGUUUUAAUUUAUAUGAAGCCAUAUAAACAAUCUUUUGAGACAUGCAAUCCUAAAAUUAGUCCAAAAGUUGAUUCAACUACUGAAUGUGAACGUAGAGAAAGAGCAGAUCUCUUUCAUAUGAAGAGGAAAUAUCCUGAUAGUUGGAGAUGUCUCAUUGGCUUUGCACUGCCCCAAACAAGACAUUUGCUUAGAUUUGUUUAGAUCUACAACAGUUGAUCACUGUAAGAGGGGAUCAGCCUAUAAAACAUGCUCAAGUAUGGUAGAAAUGUCAAAAAAUAACAGUCUGAAGUGAUAUUCUUAUUUUGUUCAACCAGAACCCCAAAGAAAUCCAGUUUACUUGCAUCAAUAUAAAGAAGGAGCAAAUAUUUAGUUUUAAGAAGCUUGAACCAGAGAUUAUUUUUCUUAUGAAUGACUAAAACAAUUAGAUUGUCAGCAUGUUAAUUUAUCAUUUCAGAGCGACUUAAGUCGGACCAAAAAGAGACUUGACGGUUUGUUUUGUUUUUAUUGUCUCAUGCUUGAGCGUCUUUGAAGACUUAAACACCAAAAUGCUCUGAUGUACUCUUUAAUUUAAUGAAGUGAAAUGAACAAUGACUUGCAGCAUAACAAGCAUAGAUCUCAGAGAGCCAGGGUUCAGAUAUCUGCCUAUUUUCAACCUGGUUUGGAGGAGUGAACUAAAUCAGUGCGAAGUGAUGCUUAUUAUGUAGGAAAAAGUUCCUGAAAGAAGGACAGCAUUUGAGUCAUCUUCAUGGAGGUUUUUUACUGAACAGGAAACUCCAUGUUUACUGUAUUUGACCCGAGGGGAGACAAAAAGAAGAGCUCUCUCGCAGCUGUUCUACAUUUGGGAAGUGUAGCUUUUAAAAAAAAAAAAAAGAAAAAGGCAUUUCACACCAAACAUUGUUUUGUUUGAAUGUAACUUAUUUGCCAUUGAUUUCCAUUUGAGUUCCAGUUAUUUCCUGUUCCUCUGUGUAUGUUUACAUGUUUGUAUUCUGUUUUGUUGUGACACCGUCUGAGAGUUUUAUCACCUUGAGUUUUUUUUAUAUAUAUUUAAUUUAUGCAGUAUUUAUAAGACAAGUACUGCAUUGUGUUUGGCAGCCAUUUUGUUCUCCUUUUAUCCUCAUUUUAGCUGCAUGAGUGUCCGUGUACUGUAUGGCUGUGUGCUGGCAAGCAUAGAAAAGUAUUUUGUCAUACUUCCAGAUUUUUAUUUACACAAAAAAAUAAAUUCUUUUGUGUGGAAA